AUGGCCAAACCACCCAGCACCAAACCUUCUCGACACUCUCGCAAAUCCUCUACACUUUCAACCUCCAGCCGCACAUCCACAGCACAACCCAAGACGGAAGUCAUUAUCAAUGUGUAUGACCUCCUCCCCCCAGGGAGAUUGAGUUCGAUUCUCUGGACAAUAGGUGGAAGUCUGCUGCAUUCGGGCGUGGUGAUCAAUGGGAGGGAAUACGCGUAUGGAGGACACAACAAGAAGAAUGUAACGGGGGUGUAUUGGACCAGUCCGAGGUUUGAACCGCCUGGUGGGACUUUCCGAGCGGACAUACUGCAGGGGUUUACUUUUCAGAAUGAGGAGGAGAUUGAGAGGAUUGUUAAAGAGGUCUCGGAUUCCUUCUUGGGUCCCUCCUAUAACCUUCUCCAACAUAAUUGCAACCACUUCACCUCCGCACUCUGCGUAGCCUUGACUUCCAAACCAGCACCCUCAUGGCUCAACCGCGCAGCAAGCAUAGGUCUCGCAAUGCCCUGCGUGGUCCCCAAAGAAUGGAUCGCGCCUCCCGACCACGAGACCGCUGAUGGGGAACUCCUAGACGACGUUGACGACGACGAUGACGAAGAUGACGAGGAUGAAUUCGCGGAUGAGAAUGCUGGGUUGGUGGAAAGUGAUCGGAAGAGACAAUUACGAGAGGAGGAGAGAUUACGUGCUGAAGGGAGUAGUCUUGCUGGGGGAAGGAGAAUACAGGCCAAGGAGAAUGAGCCGCCGGCGAGAGUUGUUAAUUUGAAGACGAGGGAUUCAGAAGGGAGGGAGCUUCCUGUUGCCGAGAGGGCGCCUUUACCCGCAGCCUGGAAUUCAUGA